AUGGAGGUCAAUAAGGGACGGAAGAUCACCCAGAUUGGAGGAGAUGAAUGGGAUCGUUUCAUCGUCCGCAUGCAUCUCACUGGGGGUGAAUUGCUCAGCUUCUCCUUCAGAAGAGAAACUCCAAGGCUUGUUGUUAUCUAUCUCAACUAUGAGGAAGAAGAUGAUGACCCACUUCGUCGGUUAGUCUUUGUCCAAAGAAUGACUAGGUUGAGCAAGGAUGAAACUGACAUGCUUUGGCAAAAACUUCCGCCACAUGAUGCCUACAUCGGGAUGCCAUUCGUGACCCACCUAACACGGACGAUGGUUAACCGCCAUGUCAUGAAAUUACCUAAGAGACUAUGUGUGAGAUGUGGAAUCGAGCCAGAUCUAGAAGGCAUUGUUGGACUACGCCUUACUACAAGGGGCUCUGUCAUCACCUGGGCUUAUGCAGUGCACACGGACGGGCACACUAUCUUCACUGCGGCUAGGUGGAGCAACUUCCUCGCUCGCAAGAAUCUCCGGGUUGGACACGUCGUUUAG